GUGAUGUGUGAAUUAAUUGUAAGUUCCGAAAUGGGUCUCAAAUUCAGUGCUGUUUCUAAAAUCCUCAGUCAAGUCGGGUCCCGGAGAAGCGACAGGCGGCGGUCGUCCUAAAUUUGAUCAUCGUUCCAGCUGCGGCACCAGAUGCCACCGAACUGUACCAGUCUUUUACCAUCGUUCUAGAAAGAGGAAUAUGCGGGAGCUGAAGUGAGCCGCUUGACUCGUAGUUGAGGUCAGUGCCCAGUGUUGGUGGUCAAAAUGGACCUUUCCGGGGAGGACAUGCUGUCCGGCGGCUCAAACGCCACUGACCCUGACGAUGGCAACUACACGGUGCGCUACCUGAACGUGACCAAGGAGCUGCCGAUCAAGUACGCGCAGCCCUUGUAUGGCUACGUGAUGCCCUUCCUGCUGGUGGUCACCAUCAUCGCCAACACCCUGAUCGUGGUGGUGCUCUCGAAGCGGCACAUGCGCACCCCUACCAACGUCGUGCUCAUGGCCAUGGCCCUUUCGGACAUGUUCACCCUGCUCUUCCCAGCGCCGUGGCUCUUCUACAUGUACACCUUCGGCAACCACUACAAGCCACUCUCGCCGCCCUCUGCCUGCUACGCUUGGUACGCAAUGAACGAGGUGAUCCCCGCGCUUUUCCACACGGCGUCGAUCUGGUUCACGCUGGCGUUGGCGGUGCAGCGCUACAUCUACGUGUGUCACGCGCCGGUGGCGCGCACGUGGUGCACCAUGUCGCGCGUGAAGAAGUGCAUCGGCUGGAUCACAGUGCUGGCCGUGCUGAGCCAGGCGACGCGGUUCGCCGACCGCAACUACGUGUCCGUCGAGUUCGAGUGGCGCGGCGAGGUGGCCCACGGCUGCCGCAUGGAGUACUCCUACCUCGUCACCCACAUCAUCCCCAUUGACACGUACUACACUACAUACUUUGGCUUUAGGGUGAUAUUCGUGCACAUGCUGCCGUGCAUCUCGCUGGUGUUACUGAACGUUCUGCUGUUCCGAGCGAUGCGCGUGGCGCAGCAGAAGCGCGAGCGGCUGUUCAAAGAGAACCGCAAGAGCGAGUGCAAGCGGUUGCGCGACUCCAACUGCACCACCCUGAUGCUUAUCGUGGUGGUGACCGUAUUCCUGCUGGUCGAGAUCCCGCUGGCCGUGGUCACGGCGCUGCACAUUGUCUCGUCGGGCAUCAUCGAGAUCCUUGACUACGAAGUCGUCAACGGACUCAUCCUGUUCAUCAACUUCUUCAUCAUCGUCUCGUAUCCGAUCAACUUCGCCAUCUACUGCGGCAUGUCGCGCCAGUUCCGCGAAACUUUCAAGGAACUCUUUAUCAGAGGCACUGGAAACUCGUCGGCCAUCGGCGGUGGCACCACCGCCGCCGAGAGGACCAACACGGGCAUCGCCGCCAGCCGGAGGGGCGGCUCGAGGAAAAACGGCAGCACCUCCAAGUACUCGCUCGUCAACGGACCCAAGACUGCAUGCACCAAUGAAACCGUCUUGUAAGCCAGCCUAUUUCUUUUUUCGGGCGUUGGACUUUUCAACCAAGCAUGGUUUGUUCUCCGAAAUUCAGUGUGGACCACAUUGGUGUUUAAAUUUUGAAGAAAAAUAUAAAACUAUAGUAAACUAAGUGAACAUAACAGGUGAUUUUCAAAUUCUGCCGACAAUUAUGCAAGAAGAAUACUUCUCCAAGUCUCUUUUUUUCUUAUAUCAGAAAAACGAACUUAAACGGUUGCUCAUUCAAGAAACAUCUGCGUGGAAAUCGCACAAACAAAUACGCUUGUAUUGAUAGAGAGAAUCUUAUUAUUACAAAUAUGUUUGGAAAAAAACGGCCCAGCUACUUUUGCAUGGAAUCGAGAAGUAAAUUUAUCAGAAAUUAUGGAGGGUUGAAAGACACACAAUACAUGUUGUAUUUAAAUAAUAGGCCUUUACUGCAUGAUACAUAUUUGGGAAUCAUAUUCGAGGGAACAGAAUUUGAUUAUAAAAAAUUGUCGUAAUUAAACGCACUACUUUGAUGUUGGCAUCUUACUGCAUAUUAAAUUAUUGAUUGUAAAUUUAGUCAAAUAAAAAACACGUGAUUUGCUCACACUUAGAUGUUUACACAGCUUAUAAGAUAAAAUUACAUGACUUUUGUUUUAAAGAAGGAAAUUUAUUUUAUCUUGAUACGCAGUGUAUUUAUUAACCUGGUGAUGUAGUUGCCUAAUCUGGUGUUUUGUACAGAGAGAUGUUUUAUAAUUGCGAUUUAAUUUUGUUGCAACGCAGCGAAUGGAUGUUUACAGAAGCCUGAGCCCCUUGUUUGUAAACAUCCAUUUGCCAAUUAUUGAUGGAUGAAAGUGUUUUUAAUUUUACGAAGAUACAUAGUUUAUCUCUGCAUUUGUCACUGUUAUUGUCGUUAAAUGAAAUCAUCUAUUUAUGGGUGUUAAAAUGUAAAAUCAAUUCUUGAGAUAUUUAUGUGGCGAUUAUAAAAUUUUCUAUAAAAACUUUGUUAUUUGUCCUCUAUUGAUGCUUUAACAAGUUGGGGUUUUUUUCUUGUUGAAAAAAUCCUCACAAUCGCAUGUUUAGUACUUUCAACCAUUUGUCAAAAUUCAGGAAGCAAUGUUUUGCGUGAAAGGAAUAAUUUACAAAUUAUAUUUUUCCUCUUCUAUGAAUUAUUGCUGUCGGUAUUCAAGAGAUGAAACCGUGAUUGUAACUAGAGAGAUGAAAAAGUAUCUUUUUGAGGGGGUAACUAUGAUGCAUGGCUACUAAUAUUUAUUAAUAAAUGUAAAUUACA